CAUUUGGAUAUUGACCAUUCCAAAAAUGACACAAAAAAUAUAUUUCAUAAUUGUUUUCAUUCCCAUCAUUCUAUAUGCCGUCCUUGGAGAUCAAGAUGUUACAGAUCUCUGCCCGACAAGAAAGAAAAAUCCUAUUGGUCAUACUUGUCAAAAGACUUGUACAAAGGCCCAAGACUGCCCAAGGAAGAGGCUGAAAUGUUUAUGUGACGGAGAAUGUGGAAUGAGCUGCAUUACACCCCGCAGCAGUUGCCCAUGGCCUGUAAUCCUUGAGAAUGCUAACACAUCUUUGAAGCAGGAAACAUGGAACUUUGGAGAUCAGAUGUUAGUGCACUGCCAUCCAGGAUACAAAAUGGCCAAUGGACAGGAGAUGGCACAAAGCCGUUGUCAAGGAGACAAGAAGUGGAGUGUGACAGCACCCUGUGAUGUUGUAUCCACUUGUAAGGACCCUCCAAGUAUUGAGAAUGGAUACUUUGAAAAGAAGGGACAUCUUAUAGAGGGAGCAGUGAUCGAGUAUAAAUGCAAUGCAGGCUACAGACUAGAAGGUCCUGUAUUCACAGAAUGCCUAGAAAACAAGACCUGGUCUAACAAUGCUCCCAUAUGUAUAAAAGUUUAUUGUCCACCACCUCCAGAGAUCAAGGAAGGUAUUCUUGUAGCAGUGAAAAAAGCAGAGUAUGAAGUCUCAGAAGUUAUAUACUAUAUGUGCAAAAGAAAUUUCCUUUUGGAUGGAUCGCACAGUGUUACCUGUAUGGCCAAUGGGCAGUGGUCAGAUGGUCCAGCCUGCAGAGCAAGAUGUAAGGUGCCGGUGCAGCGAAGUCAAGUUAUUUACCGAGGUCAGAAGGUCUGGGUUACAGAAAUUGAGGAGAGUCUAGUGCAUCAUUCCGAAACUGUAAAGUUUUUCUGCCAGAAUAGAACACAAGCCUGCAGUUAUACAGCCGCCAGCCAGUGUUUUGAUGGUGAGCUCCAACAUCCAGAGUGUUAUAAAGAGCCGACCUGGGUACAGUACACUUUUUUCCCCAAGAACCUUGUGUCAGAAAUUCCUUUGUGUGAAGAACUGUAAAUGCAUUCAAAGAAUGAAAGAAGAUGUAUCCAUAAAUAUAUUACAAUGUUCCGUGUUACCAAGACCAGAGAUCAUUAACCAUUUCCUUCUGGCUGUAUAUGAUGUUCCAUACCAAUGUGAGAGAACAGCCGCAUCAUGCAACAAAAUUGUUUUACUGUAGAGAAUGUGUAAAGAGUGAUAUUUAUUUGUAAUGAC